AUGUGGAUUGUGAACUGGUUCUACGACGUCCUGUCGUCGCUCGGUCUGCUCAACAAGCAUGCCAAGCUUCUGUUCCUCGGUCUCGACAAUGCCGGAAAGACGACCCUCCUGCACAUGCUGAAGAACGACCGUGUUGCGGUUUUGCAGCCCACUCUCCAUCCUACCUCCGAGGAACUCGCGAUCGGCAAUGUACGAUUCACCACAUUCGAUCUCGGUGGCCACCCCCAAGCCCGUCGCAUCUGGAGAGACUAUUUCCCCGAGGUCAACGGCGUCGUCUUCCUUGUCGACGCCAAGGAUGAGGAGCGCUUCGCUGAGGCCAAGGCCGAGCUCGACGCGCUUCUCGCGAUGGAGGAGCUUGCGAAGGUGCCCUUUGUCAUUCUCGGCAACAAGAUUGACCACCCGAGCGCCGUGCCCGAGGACAGGCUCCGCCACGAGCUCGGGCUGUAUCAGACGACCGGCAAGGGCAAGGUGCCUCUGGAGGGCAUCCGCCCGAUUGAGGUAUUCAUGUGCUCAGUAGUCAUGCGGCAGGGCUACGGCGACGGCAUUCGCUGGCUUUCCCAGUACGUUUAA